AUGACCAUGACUUCCAAGGCUUGGGUUUACCAACAGCGCGGCAUGCCAUGGGAGGUGCUCUCCCUCACCACCCGCGACACGCCUACAUUCCCUCCCCUGACUCCAUUACCCCGCGACGCACCGGAGCCUGAAGAAUGGGUCCUCGUACGCGUAGCCUAUGCGGGCCUCAACCCAGGCGCCAUCUUCCAGAUGACCCUCGUUCCGCCGCUCGUUCGAUCACGCGAUUGUGUCGCCGACCUCGACUUCACGGGCACAGUCAUUGAUGUCUGGCACCCAGAGGACAAGCCUGGGAGGUUUGCACGCGGCGACAAGGUCUCAGGCAUGAUUCCGGCAUCGCACGCGCUACCAACGGGUACGGGGGCUCUCGCAGAGGUCAUCCGACUGCCGGCCCGAUAUGUCGUCGCCAAACCUGCGAGCGUGUCCCUCGGCGACGCGGCGUGUCUCCUCCCAGGCCUCACGGCGCGGCAGCUGGUGAACGAAAGCGAGGCCAAGAGCGGCGACCGGGUGCUCGUAAACGCUGCAAGCGGUGGAAUCGGCACCAUGGUUGUGCAGAUGGUUCGUCAAGUGGUUGGCGAGAAUGGUUUCAUCGUCGGAGUGUGCAGUGGCAAGAAUGCCGAGAUGGUGAAGGGCCUGGGUGUUGACGAAGUGAUCGACUAUACGCAGCACACGUCGGUGGCACGCUACAUUGCCGAGCGAUUCAGCGACACGCCGUUCGACGCUGUGAUCGACACCCUCGGACACCACUCGCUGUGGCUCGCAAGCCCCGCUUUCCUCAAACCGGCAGGCAUCUACGAAAGCGUGGGCAUCAAACCGCCAACGUUCUACGUCCCCGACUUUCUGCGGGCGGUAUGGCAAAUGCAGGUCAACGCAUUCUGGCCCACGUCACGCUGGUUUGGUGGGGUGGGCCGUGAAUGGCGAGCCACGUCAAUGAUGAGUCCCACCCUCGAGGACAGGCAGGCGGUGAUUGAUAUGCUCGGCAGUGGACAAUGUUAA